AUGUUCGCGACCAGAGUUCUCCGCCAGGCUGCCGCCCACGCCGAGCGUACCCCGAGCAUCAAGUUCCUCGGCCGCCGCACCAUUCCUUCCUCCAUUGACCACACCCCGGCUCCUCACCCGGCCUCGCCCACCGGCAAGCUGCCAUCCAACUUCGGCAACGGCUCUGCCUCCCCCAAGCACAACAACUUCAGCGCUUACCGUGACCACGCCCAGCAGCACGGUCCUCUUCAGCGCUCCAUCAGCUCCGGCGUUGGCGGCACCUCUGGCCACAACCUCGGCCCCGUCGUCCCCCCUUCGGGCGUCUUCUUUGACCGCUCCGAGCUGCCCGCCCGCUUCCGCCGCCAGCCCCUCGACAUGGCCGAGAUCGAGGCUGUCGAGUCCGGCGGUGCCGCCCUCUUCGGCUGA